ACCACUGCGGUUAUCAGGAGUUUGAAUUAGUCUGCGAAAACAAUGUCACCUCCAUCUCUCUUAAUUCUCAUAAAUAUCAUGUCAAAGCCAUCAACUACGGCAACUCCACCAUCAGGCUGGUUGAUCCUUCCGUGAGCAACCUCGACAACUGCUCUUUCCCCACCUCUUCUGCAUAUCACUAUAACUUCACCGAUCAUAGCCCUUUUCCUUACCGAACCCAGAGAUAUUUCUAUGACUAUAGGGAUGUAGCAUCGCCAAUUAAUUUGAUGAGCUGCGCAAAUCCCUUGACCAAUUCUUCCCUUUUUACUGAUAUCACUACUCAGUGUGCCUCUAAUUCAUCCCAUUCCACAUGAAACUCUCAGAGUUACCACUUGUGUGCGGAGUAGAUGUGAUAGUGAUGACAUCGUGGCAUUUUAAGGAUUUGAACAACGUUUCGCUUUCAGAAAUCCACCAUUCUCUCUUGUAUGGAUUUGAACUCUACAUCUGCCGCUGGUGCAGAGCAUCCUUAUUGUGGGACAUCCUCCCAAUUCUUGUGGUUGUUGCAGGUUUGUCAUGUGCAGGGGCAAGCCCCCCUGUAAUGCUCUUUGUAUUGGCCGCUGUAUCCCUAUUGGUAAUCAUGAAUUCGAUGUGCUUGCAGAUGCAGAGUUUGUCCGAGACGAUCUUCGAAAUGUCAUUGCUGUAUCACUAAUGGGUGCGCUGUUGAUUUAUGCUGUAGUUACUAUAUUAAGUUGUGAUUUACUAAACAGCCUAUCUUUUAAGGAAUGAACGAAUCAUGAAAGAAAAUGCAUAGUAAAAAACACAAGCAUGUUUUUAUCUGUACAUAUAGAAUCAUAGUUACUAGAGUAAAAAGAUGAUAGCAAUAAAGGCAAAGCAAACAUUUGAAGAACUCUAUUUUUCAUUUUCCAAUCUUCUCUCAGGCGUCAUCAUGUGUGCAACAACUACAAGAUUCAUCAUUUUUCCUUGGCUUUGUGGUUUUUGAUCUACAAAUUCCGGAGGAGGCAUUUAUCCAUAUUUGACGCAAUACAAAGCGACAACAAACUCACCCAUGUUAGAUACUCUUAUUCUCACAUCAAGAAGAUGACCAAAUGUUUUCAAGAAAAACUAGGCCAAGGUGGCUAUGGUUCUGUUUACAAAGGAAAACUUCGAAGUGGCACUCAUGUAGCUGUAAAACUACUCGAAAAAUCAGGAACAAAUGGGCAAGACUUUAUGAAUGAAAUUGCAACUAUUGGAAGGAUCCAUCAUGUGAAUGUCGUGAAAUUAGUUGGAUAUUGUGCUGAAAGAUCCAAACGCGCCCUUGUAUUUGAUUUCAUGCCCAAUGGUUCCUUGGAGAAGUACUUAUUCAAUCAAGAAAAAAUUGAUUUCUUGAAUUGGGACAGAAAGUUUGAUAUUGCUGUGGGAGUGGCUCGUGGGAUUGAAUAUUUGCACCGAGGGUGUGACAUUCAGAUCCUGCAUUUUGAUAUCAAGCCUCACAAUGUACUUCUUGAUGAUAACUUCAUCCCAAAAAUAUCAAAUUUUGGGCUUGCAAAAUAUUUCUCCACAGAAAAGAAUUGUGUGACCUUGACUGCGGCCAGAGGAACCAUAGGCUAUGUUGCUCCUGAGCUAAUCAACAGAAGUAUCGGCGCAGUCUCAUACAAAGCUGAUGUCUAUAGCUUUGGGAUGCUGCUGAUGGAAAUGGUGGGCUUAAAGAGAGACUCAAUCGGAAACAAUGGUGAUUCUAGCAAGUAUUUUCCAUAUUGGAUAUACGACCACUUUAAUCAAGGCACGUACAUUGAAAUGGGAAAUGUUGAUGAAAAUGACAUCACGAGGAAAGUUGUUCGAAAGAUGACAAUAGUUGCAUUAUGGUGCAUACAGAUGAGGCCAGAUGAUCGUCCAUCAAUGAAUAAAGUGUUGGAAAUGUUGGAAGGAGAUGUUGAGCGUUUGCAGAUUCCUGAGUACCCGUCUUAGUCUACUCAGAUAGUAGUAAAUGUGGAUCACACAGGAACUACAUAUUCGACUGAUUCGGUAUCAUUACUACAUCAUAAUGAUGCUUCGUCCAGUGUCGACAUCACUGUGCAAGAGUGAUCAAGUUUGCAGAAGCAGCCAUGGACAUAUAUAUCAAAGCUGGAAUACUUUGCAAUUCACUUGCUGCAAAUGACAUAUGAGAUAUGUAUAAAAACGUUUGUUGUAGUACUUGUGAAGAUAGAAAACAAGUAAUUGAAUAAGCUGAUUUAUAGGUAACAAUGUUAUGAAUGUCUCUACAUAGUUUUCUUUAUUCUCCUCUUUGCUUAUGAAGCAUGACAGCAUUUGGUGCA